AUGUCCCAACAAAGCAACAUAUCGGACGAUGCUGCUGCCGAUGAGAGUAUAACGUCGGUGAAUCUACAAUCUGAAUCCCCAACACUGCAAGGUGAACAAGUAGACGAGACUUCCGACCACUCGUCAAUUGUCGAAGAGACCUCAGAAACCGCCGCACAAGAAAACAUCCCAGAGAUACAAAUCGCUCCCAUGGAUAACGAGGCGGAAGAUGAUGCUGAUGAGGGAAUUGACGGUGAUGAAACUGUUCCCGUGGUUCAGGAUACCGUCACCGGCGAACAACAACCACUUCAAGAUCAACCGAAUGACAGAGGUGAGGACGCGGUCUCGCAAACCAAUGAUGACUCGGUAAUCCACGAACAAAAAGCUGCUUCUCAUAAUUUGACUAUGGAACAGAUCUCAAUUGCAGACUCAAACAAAAGAUCCGUGGAUGGAGUGCGCACAAUCGCAUCCGCUGCUGUAUCUGUACCAUCGACUAGUGUCAAAGCCACGCUGAGUCUUGUGAAAAAUACGCUGACCACCAUCUUGGAGGAGAAGGAGGUUAAAAAGAACCCAAACACGCAGAAAACAAUAGAAAGAACAAUUGCAAGGCUCGAGGAAGAUCUUAACUCAGAGAGUCAAUUGGACGUUACAGCGGACUCUAUCCUCAUAUUCGAAGCAUUAAGGGACAGUUGCAGGCUGAAAUCUUCCAAAGUGCAAAGGAGUGCGCUAGAUUGUCUGUCGAAACUGUUUUCAUUCAGAGCACUGGACGAAUCCCUGCUGGUUAACCCGCCAAAUUCAGCAGCCACAAACGACCAGAACCAAGAACAAGAUGUAGCCACCGGUAUAACACCGCCUCCAAAGCAAAAAUUGAUCGAUGCUGCUAUUGAUACAAUAUCAUCGUGUUUUCAAGGUGAGGGAACCAGCGAAAAGGUCGAAUUACAAAUCAUCAGAGCGCUCUCCAGCUGCAUCCUAGUGGAAGAUUCAAUCUCUCUAUGCCACGGUGUGUCCCUUCUGAAGGCAAUCAGAACAAUUUACAAUAUAUUUCUCUUUUCUUUGAGUGCUUCUAACCAAGGUAUUGCACAAGCUACAUUGAUACAGGUUGUGAGCUCUGUGUUUGAUAAAAUUGACAUCAAGAAGAACAUAAUUUUGUCAAAUGCUACUACCUCUCCAAAUGAGGAUUCACAAACGAGAGUGGUACCCACAGCGGCAUUGUCAACUGACCAGUCGAUCACCUUGGAAAACAUGGUCCAAUUGAACGACGAUGACGAAAGGAGAGUCGAUGCACAACAGGAUACCGAGGACUCUGAAAUAAGUGAUCGCGCAAUUUCCUCUCAGGAGCUAUUGAUCAAGGAUGCUUUUCUCGUUUUCAGAACCAUGGCCAAAAUAUGUUCGAAACCUUUAGAUUCUGAGUUAGACAUGAGAUCCCACGCUGUCCGUUCCAAAUUGCUCUCUUUGCAUAUCAUAUACACCAUAAUGAAGGAACACGUCGACGUUCUUCUGUCUCCGAACGUCAUUCUCCCUGAAAAGGAGCAAAGAACACUGCUGAACGCUAUAAAACAGUACUUGUGUCUCUCCCUGUCCCGUAAUGCAGCCUCGCCAAUCUCCCCGGUCUUUGAGAUAACAUUGGAAAUAAUGUGGCUGUUAAUGGCUAAUCUGAGGGCCGCUUUCAUGCGCGAGAUACCCGUGUUUUUAACUGAAAUAUACUUCCCUAUCACGGAACUCAAGACUUCAACAAACCAACAGAAGCGGUAUUUCCUAAACGUUAUCCAAAGGGUAUGCAAUGACCCUAGGGCACUGAUCGAGUUCUACCUGAACUAUGACUGUAACCCUGGAAUGCCAAACAUCAUGGAAAUGAUCGUGGAUUAUUUGACUAGACUGGUUCUAACUAGGUGUGUCAUCACCCCAGCCGAAAGAUCGUAUUAUGAGGAACAGCUUUCCAAACCGCUGUUCACAUUCAAUUUUGACCAACUACCGCUUCUGACCACUUCAAACUUAUCAUCCUCGUCAAACGCACAGGUGGUCCUUCCAUUCCCUGUGGAGUUCGCCCUCCAAAUGUCGGCCCUAAGCUGUAUAGUGUCAGUCCUGAGGUCCUUGAGCUCUUGGGCACAUAGAGCUUUGAACCCAAACAAGACGCAAGUUGGUAAGAAUAACGUUGAUGCAACAGAAUCUCUCGCUUCGUCCUCGAUCCACAACGAGACCCAGACCAACUCAUCCCUGCAUAUAGCCAGUACAAAUGCUGAUGACGAGACCAGAUCGAUGUUGAGCCAAGAUUUGGAUAAUCCUACCCAAUUUGAAAACUUGAAACAGAGGAAAACUCAAUUGUCAGAUUGUGUCGUUGUUUUUAACACCAAACCGAAGAAGGCUAUUCCCUUACUAGUGGCUAAAGGCUUUAUAGCAGACGAUUUACCCCAAGCCAUUGCCAAAUGGCUGCUGGCAACCGACGGUCUGGAUAUGGCCGCCAUCGGUGAUUACUUGGGUGAAGGUGACGAGAAGAACAUUGAGAUCAUGCACGCUUUUGUGGACGAAUUUGAUUUCACUGGGUUGUCUAUUGUUGAUGCGCUUCGUGAGUUUUUGCAAAAGUUUAGACUCCCCGGUGAGGGACAGAAAAUUGAUAGAUUCAUGUUGAAGUUUGCCGAGCGGUUUGUGGAGCAGAAUCCGGGCAUUUUCUCAAAGGCAGACACUGCCUAUGUCCUGUCGUACUCGCUGAUCAUGCUAAACACAGAUUUGCAUUCCUCACAAAUCAAAAGGAAGAUGACAUUAGAAGAGUUUUUGGAAAACAACGAGGGUAUCGAUAACGGUAAUGAUUUGCCAAAAGACUUCAUGAUCGGAUUAUUUAACGAAAUCGCCAAUAAUGAGAUUAAGCUUUUGUCUGAACAGCACCAGGCCAUGUUACAAGAUGACACGGCUGCACCAUUCAACGCCCAGCCUCAGUCUGCAUUUAACUUUUUCAGUUCUAGAGACUUGGAAAGAGAAGCGUAUAUGCAAGUUUCGAAAGAGAUAGCAUCUAAGACAGAGCUGGUUUUCAAAAAUUUGAGCAAAAGUAAAGAAAAGAGCGAACCAGAAGUAUACUACGCUGCAUCCCACGUCGAGCACGUUAAGUCCAUAUUUGAAACGCUAUGGAUGUCCUUCUUGGCUGCUUUGACUCCACCGUUCAAGGAUUAUGCCGAUUUGGAUACAUCUAACAAGUGUUUAGAAGGUUUGAAAAUAUCAAUAAAAAUUGCAUCUAUUUUUGGUAUUGAGGACGCCAGGAAGUCGUUCCUGGGCGCAUUGGUGCAAUUCUGUAACCUACAAAAUGUCGAAGAGAUCCGUGUCAAGAAUGUAAAUGCCAUGGUAGACCUAUUGGAGGUGGCUUUGGCAGAAGGUAAUUACCUGAAGGAGUCCUGGAAGGAUAUUCUUUUGGUUAUUUCCCAGAUUGAAAGACUGCAACUGAUCUCGAAAGGUAUUGAUAGAGAGACUGUCCCAGAUGUCAGUCAAGCACGUGUUGCUAAUCCGAGAUCCUCUUAUGACUCAAUCAGAACUGCUCAGCCUUACUUCUUUGAUAUCUGGAGCAAGCGUGCUACACCAUUGGAACUUGCUCAAGAAAAAUAUCAUAACCAAACGCUGUCUCCAAAAAUGGCGAAAUAUAUCUCAGCGAGUGAAUUGGUUGUCCUGAUGGAUAACAUUUUUACAAAGAGUUCCGAACUUUCUGGUAACGCCAUCGUGGACUUCAUCAAAGCUCUAACAAGCGUGUCGCUAGAGGAGAUCGAGUCUUCACAGUAUGCCUCCACUCCUAGAAUGUUUUCGCUACAAAAAAUGAUAGAUGUUUGCUACUACAAUAUGGAUCGUAUAAGACUGGAAUGGACUCCCAUCUGGGCGGUCAUGGGUGAUGCAUUUAACAAAAUCACAACGAACCCAAAUUUGGCCGUUGUGUUUUUCGCUGUUGACUCCUUGCGUCAGCUGUCGAUGAGGUUCUUGGAUAUUGAAGAACUGUCCGGUUUUGAGUUUCAACAUGAUUUUUUGAAACCGUUCGAAUACGCAAUUCAAAACACAGAUAGCGUUGAAGUCCAGGAAAUGAUUGUAGAAUGUUUCCGUAAUUUCAUCUUAGUGAAGGCGAAUCAUAUUAGGUCCGGUUGGAAACCUAUCCUAGAGUCACUAUCAUUCACUGCACAAUCCUCUAAUGAAGCCAUUGUCUCUAAAACGCAAAUGUUACUGAAUGAGAUAAUCAAGACCUCCUUCGAUGGUAUAUUUAUUCAAGACAAUGCUUUUGGUCAAAUGGUGGAUGUGUUGAAAGAAAUUUCCAAAAACAAGAAGUACCAAAAAUUGUCUCUACAUGCACUUGAGACAUUGAAAUCGAUGGUGCAAUAUAUUGCAAAGAUUUCAUUCUCUCACAACAAGGACUACAAUGCUGAAAACUCUGAGAGGCUACUACGCGGUAAGGAUGUGUUUGAAGACGUGUGGUUCCCAAUCCUCUACAGUUUCAACGAUACAAUUAUGACUGCUGAGGAUCUGGAGGUGCGGUCGCGGGCUCUGAACUAUAUGUUUGAUGCCUUAGUGGCGUAUGGUUCUGAAUUUGAUGAAGCGUUUUGGAAGAAGAUAUGCGACAAACUGCUAUUCCCGAUCUUUGACGUCUUGGCUCGACACUGGGAGGUGAACCAAUUCAACAGUCAUGACGAUUUGAGUGUAUGGUUGUCCACUACUUUGAUUCAAGCGCUGAGAAACCUAAUUGCUUUGUUCACUCACUACUUUGAGUCCUUAAGUGGGAUGUUGGAUGGGUUUUUGGCCCUGCUUGUAUCCUGUAUUUGUCAAAAGAACGACACAAUCGCUAGAAUAGGUCGGUCCUGCUUCCAGCAGCUGAUCUUACAGAAUGUUAACAAAUUCCAGGAUUCGCACUGGGGGAAGAUCAGUGACGUUUUUGAGACCUUGUUUGAAAUGACGACGGCGAAUGAAUUAUUCGAUUCGGAUCCCUUGCACCAAGGUAGGAGGAAAUCAGGUAGAGCCAGUGGGAACCAGACCCCUACGGAGCCACCUCUGAAUGAAACCGUUCAGCGCGCUCAACGUGAAGAAGGUAGUGAGGACGUUGGGAAUGAGACGAGCUCCAUUGAGGCCACUGGUGUUAACGAGCUGUUGCCCGUCAACAAUGCCGUUGCGCAACGUGGGUUCGGUUCUAACGAGGAUUUGCACGAAAAGGUGAACACCAAGAACUCUAUUGUGAUCAAAUGUGUCCUCCAGUUGCUUUUGAUAGAACUUGUCAGCGAUCUGUUUGAGGAUGAGGAAUUCGAGCAUCAGAUCCCCUACACGGAUUCCGUUAAAUUGACGCACCUACUGGAAAACUCUUACGAAUUUGCCCGUGACUUUAACGACGACUUCAAACUGAGGACACGGCUUGUUGAGGCACGUGUAGUGGACAAGAUCCCCAAUCUAUUGAAACAGGAGACGAGUGCCGCCGCGGUAUUGAUCGACAUCACGUUCAAGUUAUAUUUGAAUUCAGACGAGAAAGUUCCUGAACUGCUGGCAAGGUUGGUGAAUAUAUGUGGCAGGAUUGUUGCAUCGUACAAUUCGCUAGACGAGAGAAGCAUGGAGAAGAACAUCUUGGCAUGGCGCCCAGUGAUUGUAGAGAUUCUGCAAGGGUACUACGAAUUCGACGACGAAGAUUUCAAGAACUGCUGUCCCUCGAUGUACGGGCUAGUGAUCUGUGUUCUCGAUAAGAGCGUCCCUACAGAUUUAAGUUUCGCCAUCAAACGAUACCUAGCAAGAGUUGGCGAGUUGUACUUAUCCGUGGACAUUGACGAGUGA